AUGAAGGGAAGUACACAUGGCUGUUUUCCUCCACCCACCAACUAUUUCCUCUUUUUCCACCCGCCAGACGUGAAAGCGGACAACACUGCGUUCAGUAUAGGAGGCAUAUGGUCAGUAGCGAAGCCCUCCUUGGUUCCUGGAAGCUGGGUCUCCGUCUGCCUCUCCUACACGGCUCAGGAUGCCUUGUGGACCUACUACACUGCUGGCAAAGAAAGGGCAUCGGGCACUCUCCGGUCUUCGAAAAGGAAGACGCCCCCAGCGGAGGUGGCCCCGUCCGGCUGGCUGGUCGUGGGCCAGGACCAGGACAAGUUCGGCGGCGGCUUCCAGGCGGACCAGAGCUUCCGCGGCCAAGUGGCUCGCGUGCGCCUGUGGGGCCGAGUCCUCGGCGCCGGCGAGGUGGCGCAGGUGGCCGAGUGCGGCGGCGGCGCGGGCGACGGGCUCCUCCCGUGGCUGACGGGGGCGUGGACGCUCAACCACACGGCGAGAGUGAUCGAAAUCCCCAGGGACGAGAUCUGCAGGAAGAAAGGCCCGUACCGCACCGUCCUGUCCCCAGCCCUGCCCUACUCAACGGCUGAGAAACAGUGCAGUGCCAUCAAGGCAAACCUCGCAACGCCUGGCAACCGAGAGGACAGCGACCGCCUCAGGACCCUCGUUCAGGAGACAGAUCCCUCCUGCUACGGCGGCCCAAAUCAGCCUCUGCUCUGGCUGGGGGCAACGGACGAAAAGCAGGAAGGCGAAUGGGUAGAUGCCAAAGAUGCAGCCAUGCGCUUCACUGCCUGGGCUGCCGGGCAACCCAACGGCGGAAGGAGGGAGAACAACGCAGCCAUGACGGGCGCCGGGGCGUGGGCGGACGUGUCCUCCAAGGUGUUCAGUUACUGCGCUGUGUGUGACGCGGCGGAUCCCUUGGUCCUGACAGUCUUGGGUCUGUGCGAAAACCUGCCUCACGAUCACUACUACGUCCAGGAAAGCCACGCUAACACCAAGCCCUAUUUCAGGGGCUAUACAGUCAGUAACAUUUCCUGGCUGGAAGACAGGUGGCUUGCCAAGCAUCCGGACAGCAAGAUCCUGCUGAGCUACACGCCCAUACUCCCUUACGAGUAUCCUUUCGGGCGCCGUGGGUGGGUGGUUGAGGGGGCGGAAGGAUGUGGGCGGCCGGGAGAUGGGUCCCUCGCCCUCACCCUCACCACCUGCUCUCGGGGGAACUUCACCUGCGACGAUGGGUCUUGCCUCCCCAUGGAGAUGAGGUGUGACUCUCAGGCCGACUGCCCCGACGAGAGCGACGAGAACCACUGCGAGCUGAUGACCAUCCCCGAAAGCUACAGACGCCACAUUCCCCCGAGGUCCUCCCAGAAUGACGCCGCCUACCCCGUGAGCCUCCACGUGUCCGUCCUCGCCCUCGAGAUCAUCACGGACAAGAUGGAGAUCGUGAUGGACUUCGAGGUGACGCUCCAGUGGCUGGAUCGCCGCCUCGUCUUCAGCGACUUGAACGAAGACAGCGUGAUCAAUGGCCUCCGCUUGGAUCAUCUGAACAGGCUGUGGAUCCCCGAAGUAUCCUUCGCCAACGCCAAGGGAAAUGCCCACACCCUGAUCGACGGGGAGACCGACGGCAGCAUCCUUCGCUGGGGAGAACCUAGAUCCGGCGACUCCACCUACAGUAGGGAAGUAUACUUCUUCACGGGCGCUGAAAACCCCAUCCAGCUGAAGAGGAAAUAUUCGGCGACGUACAGCUGCAGCCUCAAUCUUGCGCUCUACCCCUUCGAUACUCAGGUCACCCACGAACAAGUAACAACUAUGAAGGGCAUGAACUGCCUUGUUGAAAACGUACGAUCCUACACAGGUUCUGGCGCGCUCGCUUGUGACUUCGUGUUAGGAGCUGUCGACGAUUUUGUCUCGUGGGGUGGUCAGCGUCGCCAGAGGGGGAAGGAAAACUGGAACUCCGUAGGGCGGGGGCGGCGGGGCCGAUGA